AUGGUUGGACAUUUACAACCUCUACCUGAUGCCCCACCGGAAAUCGAUCCAGACGUGCUACUUCGUAUAUCUGCAUUAUUCGAUCGGCCUCUGAGUGUCGAGACAGAUAUCAGUUCACAUUCAGCAUGUGCGCAUGAUACUCAUGCAAGGGCGGACACACCCACAGAUACCACGGCCCAACCCUCGUCUGCUGACAAGAUGUUAUCGUCAAGUAUCGAUGUCAUGACUGAGCCCAAGCUCGAAAACCCGUCAUCACUAGAGCCUGAUCUUGAGAUAGAAGAGGGAAUAUACUAUGCACAAGAUCGAGUGCAGAUACAGCCGGAGUUCCACAAGACACAAGUCAUUGCGCGCUACAUCUACCCAUCCGAGCGCCGUCCUACACAAACAAAUCAGAGGAUACCUCUACCUAAACAAGCUUCUUUCCUCACACGUGCCUUCCACUGGAUAAGCAGCUCCUUCCCGUUUGUACGGCUCACCCGCAAACCCAUCAUCUUGCAUCUCAACGAAGCUAUAAGAAAUCUGGGACGUGGAAGUCCUCAUACCCAGAAAGAAAAGGUGGUAGGGGUAUUCCUAUUUCCGCAGGCCUUCACUGGAAGCACUGACUUAAACACUGUUCCCAUGGAGCUUGCUGCUAAGCCCAGGAGGAUUCGGGAGAUCAUAAGAGAUGAAGGAUCAGUCGUUUUGGUCGAGGACAUCUACGAUGACGCGAUUCAGCAAGCACUCCGGAAUCUGAGGGACAACGCGUAG